GAAGAAUAUGUGAAGAAAGAAAGGAGAGAUAUAGAAGAGGGAUCUAUAGAGUUCUCUUCCUCUUCCUCUCUUCUUCUAUGUUUCCAUUCACAAACUCAUAAGUUAGUAAUAUUCGUUUCGUUUGCUUUGGGAUGCUUUCUGUUCUGUACGACCGACGCAGCAAUUGUUUCGUUCAUUGAAGGUCGAAACUUUCAUUUUGCUCUUACCCAAGCCGUUUUGGAAUCUAGUCUCUGGAGCAGUAAUUUAUGACGGAGUUUGCUGUGAAUUUGAUUCACUGAUUCAACAGUUAGGAUAAACUGUAAUUCGGUUUUCUUUUGGACUAACAUGUCAGGAUUUGAAGGGCAAUGUAGUAAUGAUGAGAUUAGGGAGAGAAGAUCAGAUGUUGAGAACUCUGAAGAUGAGAGGCUGAGAAGGUUUAAAAUUGGAACACUCAAGAAGAAGGCUAUGAAUGCUUCUUCAAGAUUCACACAUUCCCUUAAGAAAAGAGGGAAAAAGAAAAUUGAUUAUAGGGUUCCAUCAGUGUCAAUUGAGGAUGUUAGAGAUGCACAAGAGGAGACUGCAGUCCAUGAAUUGCGCCAUAAGCUUAUUGAAAGGGGAUCUUUACCUCCCAGGCAUGAUGAAUAUCACACAUUGUUAAGGUUUCUUAAAGCUAGGGAUUUUAACAUUGAGAAGACAAUUAAAUUAUGGGAAGAAAUGCUUGCGUGGCGAAAAGAAUAUGGAACUGAUACCAUCCUUGAGGAUUUUGAAUUUGAAGAACUGGAAGAAGUAUUGCAGUAUUAUCCUCAAGGAUACCAUGGAGUUGAUAAGGAAGGUAGGCCAGUUUACAUUGAAAGGCUUGGGAAAGCUCAUCCAAGCCGCCUGAUGCACAUCACCACAAUAGAUCGAUAUUUGAAAUACCAUGUCCAGGAGUUUGAGAGGACUCUGCUGGAGAAAUUUCCAGCAUGUUCCAUUGCAGCAAAGAGACAGAUUUCUUCAACAACAACAAUACUGGAUGUGCAGGGCUUGGGAAUGAAAAAUUUCACGCGUACUGCUGCAAAUAUCUUGGCUUCUAUGACAAAAAUAGAUAGCAAUUACUAUCCUGAGACAUUACAUCAAAUGUAUAUUGUUAAUGCUGGUCCUGGCUUUAAGAAGAUGCUUUGGCCCGCAGCUCAGAAGUUUCUUGAUCCCAAAACUGUUGCCAAGAUACAGAUUCUUGACCCUAAGUCUUUAUAUAAAUUACUGGAAGUCAUUGACUCUAGUCAGUUGCCAGACUUUCUGGGUGGUUCAUGUACUUGUACCGCAGAAGGUGGAUGUCUUAGGUCUAACAAGGGUCCAUGGAAUGAUCCUGAUAUCAUAAAGCUGGUACAUAAUGCGGAGUCAACAUUUGUGAGGCAAGUAACCAGAGUGUCCAAUGAAAAACAGAAUUUCGACUUUUUUCAUAUACACUCACUAAAGGGACGAUGCAAUGAUACAUCAACUGCAGAAUCAGGGUCUAAUAUUAUUGAUUACUCCUUUCCCACCAGACAAAGGAGCUGUACUUAUCCUCAUUUAGCCCCAGUUCAUGAAGAAGUUAGGCUACCAGAUCUCAAUGGCUACUACAGUUGUGAUGAUAGUGCUCUAGCAGUCGAGAAAGUGAACGAAAGUGAUCAAUUUCACCUUACUCGUGAGCAGUCAUUGCAAACUAAUGAUAUGGGGAUUAUUGUUUGUAGGACGAAUUCAGAAGUCAGCAAUUGGUUCAGCAUUGUUAAGGAAAAAAUAGAGAAAAUGAAUUCCUUAUAUGUGGCAAGAGUGCUGACUUCUUUCAUGGAAAGACUAGUUGCAUUUUUCCGCAGUUUAAGAUUUGAAUUUUGGAGAACACAGAACAAUGAUCACCCUUCAAUUACCGGGGAAUGUAACUUCAACAACCAUCCAGCAGUUGUUGAAGCAACCUCUGAAAGAGAUCAUAUUCUUCCAUGUGCACAACGUCUUCAGAGACUAGAAAAAUUAUUUGAGGAACUUAAUAACAAACCUGAUGGUAUGCCUAUGGAGAAGGAGCAAAUGCUUAUGGAUUCCUUGGAUAGGAUUAAGUCUGUUGAGUUUGACCUUGAAAAGACAAAGAGGGUACUACACGAUGCAGUGAAACAGCAGCUUGAGAUUGCUGAGUUGAUGGAGAACUUGCAGAAGUCAAAAUGUCGACAAAGAAGGCUAUUCUGUUGAAUCAUCUAAGUUUCAGCAACAGGAGUCCUUGGCACCACAGAAGAAUAUUUUAAUCAAAUAGCAGACUUCAUGCAAAUUCACAUGUAGAUUGAACCCGAGGAAUCCUGAGUAGAGGCGUGGGGAAUUGGGAUGGUACACAGUCCACUUUUUUUUUUUUUUUAUAAAUAUAUAAUGUGGAUUUCAUCUUAAAUGUUUUUUUUUUUUUUUCUCAUUUUUCAUAGUAAAUAGGUGACAAAAUUUGUAGUUUUGUAUGGACGAGAUGUUCUAUUCCGUUUUAGAUAGUGUAGAGAAUAGAAAGAUAAUAGAAAAGGUUACAGUGCAGAAAGUUUAAUCAAUCGCUCCUUUGUGUUGGGCGUAAAGGUUUUUGAAAAAUGUUUGUCAGACAUUGGAAUAAUUAAUCACCAUAUGGUGUGUGACAAUAGUCUAUUUUCU